CAACUCUGAGUGAUGGUCAUACUUCAACUUACUCUCGAAGAGCAGCAGGAACACCAGCAAGCAGCAGAAGAUCGGACUGUCUAUCGCCAUGCCAAGCAACAAGGAGAGCGCACAGAGCCUCAAGCGACCAGCUCCACCGCCCGCUCUCCCUCGUUUACCAGUAUUCCCACCGCUGCCGCCGCUUCCUCCGCCGGACACGAACAAGUGGAUCGAACCGACGAGAAAGGCGUCGCCCUUGCCGCCUGCUCUCACAAGGAGCGAGCCACGCCCAAGGCGCUUUGGAACGAAAAUUACCAAUCUAUUGAGUGCUGGCGAUGGUAUCUCGGUCGUGCACAAGGCUGAUCACAAAUCAACUUCUUCGGUUGCCUUAGCGGCGGCUCAGAAAUACUACCACCAGUAUCAGCACUCGUCACAUCCAGGGAAGAAACCGUGCAUUGCUGAUAAGCUGGAGGGCGAGAACUACGAGACGAAGCCUGAACAUGUGAUUAAGGUGAGUCCAAUUGCCUCGUCGGAGGACAGUUCGAACAAGAACGACCUGCACGUGUUGUCCAAGAGUCCUCAGUCGAUUUUACUACAGGAAUUUAUCCCAAAAAUGACCCCCAUGCAGCCAGGGCACACUAUCUGGAGCGUGACUCCUGAUGAACUUACUGCGUUGGCGAAAGAAGUGGCUGCCAUGAAGAAAGAAUCCGCUGAGCCUGUCAAGACGCUGUCGUACGCGGAGGCGAGCAAGCGCAACAUCCCUCGAUUCGCCGAAAGUCGAGCUUCACAAGAGAUGAAAGCGGUGGAAGAUGAGCAACCGGAACGAACUUUCAAGAAAUACUACGCACUGCCGAUCAUCCCGUCUUACGAAUCAUCACGCAGCAGGGACAUCUAUCACGCGGCGACACUAGAGGAAAAGGUAGAGUCAUUUCAAGACAGGACUGGUCCAAGCACGGAGGACAAGUCAGCAUUUGCGCUGGACCAAACCCAGAUGUCUAGUCUUUCAGCCACUACGGCCACAUUUUAUCCACGCCAGACGACCGAACCAAACGAUCUCAUUCAACUGGUUAAUAUUUACUCGUGGCGCGUCCAAUGAUAGCGCAAUCUAACGAUUGCUUUGUGCUGUUCGCAGUUGAAGGCUUCGCUCGCAUCGAAGAAGGUCGCCCCGCACAUGGAUUGGUGGCCGGUAACAUGGUGUUGCUUUUGUUUAGUCCCCUCCGUUGUGAAAGAAAUGUUAAAAUGUAUGAGAUGUGCUUUGCAGGGGGACUGGAAAUGCACAAAUUGCGGUGGGGCGAGCUUCCUGGGUGUGCUGGUCUCCACUUGAAAUUACUCACUGAUGUUGCAUCUUCUGUGCUUAGGCAACCACGUACUGAGUCCUAAAGCAUGCGUGCUCUUGCUUAAUGACGAACUAACCGCUCCCUUCUCGAGAUACAGAACUUCUCGUACAGGGACACAUGCAAGCGAUGCCGAGUUGGGCGGCUGGAAGACGCUGGCUUCGUAUUCCAACGACCUUCCUCUGAUUCAUCAAUCUGAAUUUGCGGGCGACGACAAGUACACAUAAAUGCUUUCGUUUCGCGAUCCCUUCACGCUAUCAAUGCCUUCACUUACCAAUCACGAAUAUCAAGAUUUUUCUAGUGAUCGCAC